AUGCUCGCAACCUUGCAAGCCUUCGGCGCUUGUGCCGGUUCUCUCUUAGUACGGCUGCUGCCACAGCCGGGACUCACGCCCCCUUGCUGGCUCUCUCGGCCGUCCCCAUUCGUUCGUUGGUUGGACUCUUUUUCUUCACUCAUGACAGGGGUUCUUUCAAGUAAAUUUUGA